GCACCAGCGGACGUGGGCCCGUAGAGUCUGUGAAAAGCGAGAUAGAGGAUGAACGCUGUCGAGCGGUCGCGUCGCUGCCUUUGUCGCCGUAGUUGUGCGUGUGGAGGAGUGCGCGCGUGUGCGUGAGUCGCCAGGAUCCGCCGCUACCGUUACCGCUGGCGAACGCCAGUGCCCAGGCCACAACUCAUCACGCCGCCCUCGCUCGAACGCCAAGGAGCCAUCCCUCGCGCACCGAGGUGCGCUCGUACAAACCAAAUCGAAACCGAAACCGAAAACGUCGGAACGCGAUGCGAAUUAAAGCCUUGCGUGGCACAGUGCGCUAACCGAGGCGGCCUAACAAACCAGCCACCCGAAAUCACAUGUAUUUAUGUAGAGAGCAGCACGUGAAGAAAAGCCCGAAGGCCGAGGGAAAAUUGCGUAGAAGUAAGCGGAGAAGGGCCAGAAAGCCUAGUUUCGUUGGCCAAAAAGAAACGAUUAUCAUCCGGACGAGUGUGAGUGCUAGUGAGAGUGAGUGUGUGUGCGGCAGCCCUAUAAAUAACACUGGGUCUGGCGAGCGCUAAUUACGGCAAAGCAUGAAAAUCUUGGCCGAAGCCGCAGCCACAACCAGUGAAGCCCAGGCGGCAUUAAUCAAUUUUCCGCUUGACCCUCGAGCAAGUUUCCAUAUCAUAACUGAGGGAAACCCAGAAACGAGGGAUACAUUCGCGAGUAAAGGCAAAAGGUCAACCCAACGAGACAUAUCCCUGAGUUAAAUCACUGCAAACUCGGGCAGGGAAAGCAACUGUAUGUGCGGCAUCGUUGUUAAACGACUUUCCAUAUCGGUACAAAGCACAUCAACCUAGUACAGUGUAGUGAACAUGAAAAUAUCACAAAGCAAUUAAAAAGUUCCAGAAAAGACAGAGCAGUCCCGUGAAUACUGCAAAACCAUUCGCAAAAGCCCAUGAUAUUGCCGCUCGCAAGGAACCACUGGGCCCUGGCCUAGAGCACUCAACCAGAAGACUCGGAGAAACAGCCAGGAAAUGCUCGUCGGGGAGGUAGCUUUCCUGGUGCUGAGCCUGCUGCCCGGGAUCGCCCUGGGCAGUCGCUACAACCAGCUGCACCUCUACGCGAACGGGGGCGCAGGCAGCUCGCCCGCGUCCAGCCCCGGGGGCUACAGGCCCGCUCCCCCGGCCCAGAACGAGGUCUACUCCAUAGCGGACAGCCAGCCGAUGACGGAGGACGGCUACGUGCCCCCCAGCCAGCACUUUGCGCCCGCCCACUCGGACCUGGACCCGCCCGCCCAGCAGCAGAGCACCUGCCAGACGGUCUGCGCCUGCAAGUGGAAGGGCGGCAAGCAGACGGUGGAGUGCAUCGACCGCCACCUGAUCCAGAUCCCCGAGCACAUCGACCCCAACACCCAGGUGCUGGACAUGUCCGGCAACAAGCUGCAGACCCUGUCCAACGAGCAGUUCAUCCGGGCCAACCUGCUGAACCUGCAGAAGCUGUAUCUGCGCAACUGCAAGAUCGGGGAGAUCGAGCGGGAGACCUUCAAGGGGCUGACCAACCUGGUGGAGCUGGACCUGUCGCACAACCUGCUGGUGACCGUGCCCAGCCUGGCCUUGGGCUACAUCUCCUCGCUGAGGGAGCUCACGCUGGCCUCCAACCACAUCCACAAGAUCGAGAGCCAGGCCUUCGGCAACACGCCCUCGCUGCACAAGCUGGAUCUCUCGCACUGCGACAUCCAGACCAUUUCCGCUCAGGCCUUCGGUGGCCUCCAGGGACUGACCCUGCUCCGCCUGAACGGGAACAAGCUGAGCGAGCUGCUGCCCAAGACCAUCGAGACCCUGAGCCGCCUCCACGGCAUCGAGCUGCACGACAAUCCCUGGCUCUGCGACUGUCGGCUGAGGGACACGAAGCUCUGGCUGCUGCAGAGGAACAUCCCCUACCCGGUGGCCCCCGUCUGCUCCGGCGGCCCCGAGCGGAUCAUCGACCGCAGCUUUGCGGACCUCCACGUGGACGAGUUCGCCUGCCGCCCCGAGAUGCUGCCCAUUUCCCACUACGUGGAGGCUGCGAUGGGGGAGAACGCCUCGAUCACCUGCCGGGCGAGGGCGGUCCCGGCUGCCAACAUCAACUGGUACUGGAACGGACGCCUGCUGGCCAACAACUCCGCCUUCACCGCCUACCAAAGGAUACACAUGUUUGAGCAGGUGGAGGGUGGUUUCGAGAAGAGGUCCCGGCUGGUGCUGACCAACGCCCAGGAGACGGACUCCAGCGAGUUCUACUGCGUGGCCGAGAACAGGGCGGGCAUGGCCGAGGCCAACUUCACCCUGCACGUGAGCAUGCGGGCCGCGGGAAUGGCCUCCCUGGGCAGCGGCCAGAUCGUGGGCCUGAGUGCCGCCCUGGUGGCUCUCAUCGUCUUCGCCCUCGGGGUCAUCAUGUGCCUGCUGCUGAGGGUCAAGCGGCAGCCGUAUGUGGACAGCAAGACGCCCAACCACAUGGAGGUGAUCACCUCGGUGAACCACCAGAACUCCAUAACUAACAAGACGCAGCCAGCCACGGGAAACGGCAGCAUCGGGGGUGUGGUCAUCGCCAAUGGUGCUGUGGCCAACAUAAUCGACGGCGGGGUGGUGCAGGGAGGCACUCUGGAGCGGAAGAGCAGCGGCCGGGGCGUCUCCCAUGGAGGGCACGAUCAGCGGAGUGCGAAUCCCGUGCAGAAGCCGCCGAGACUCACCGAUCUUCCGUACUCCACCCAGGGCUAUGAUAACAACGGAAGUGUCCUGUCGACCGCCCCCUGCUUCAUCUCGCCCACGGGAUCCACCGGGAACGGUGGCAACAACCCGGACCUCAUCAACGAUACGAAGCGCUUCGGCAGCGACGAGUUCGCCGAUCUGAAGAUACCGCCUAUCAGCAAUGUGGGCGUGGGCGGCAGCGGGGAGUACAGUCGCGCCAACGGCUGCGACUCCCUGUAUCCCUCGGGCCUCUGGGAGCACGGCGCCCCUGUGGGCACCACAUCCGCGGACGAUCUCUUCAUGAAGCGCUACACGGACAAGACGCCCAUCAUAGACUCCGCCCAGCUGUACGACUUGCACGAGCGGACGGCGGCCACGGACUACUUCAGCAAGACCUUCCCCAGAUCCCAUCUGCAGCAGGGAACCAUGGGUGGCGGAGGGACCUCUACGGCCUCGACGGUGACCACCAACUUGUCGGGAGGCUCGUCCUCGGGCUACCCCAACGACUACGGCCUGCCCCUGGUGCCGGGGGCGGAGCACCAGCACAACCACCAGCUGCAGAUCCACCCGCUGCAGCAGCUGCAGCAGCAGCUGACCUCCACGCUGAACCACCAGAGGCAGGAGGGCAGCUCCGCCGGCAGCAGUCCGCACUUCAGUAGCCGCACCCUGCCACGCCUGCACGACCCUAGUGGAGGCGGGGGCGGCAGCUCGCGGUCUUCGCCAACGCCGGCCGUCAACCAGGCGAACCACGCGAACCCCGGCACCUCCAGCUCCAGUUCCUGCUCCAUCCUGCCCAACGGACAGCCCAUCAACGCCAAGACGAUACGGGUGUGGCAGAAGGGCGGCGUGCCCGUCCUGCCGCCCGUGACGGCCCUGAAAAGGGCCCUGAUCAGCAGCAGCCGCAACUCGCCGGACGAGGGAUACCAGGAGGGAUGCGGCACGGACGUGUAAGCGCCGCGCACCGCGCACCAGCACCCGCACCUGGGGAAGAAAACCACACCAAGAACUGACUAAACUUAACUCAAGAAAACAAAAGCGAAUCGACGGAGGGGAGGUAGCUCCUUUAGGGAUAACACUCAUAGAUAGCUCCGGGUCCUAGGCGAGCAGCGAUUAUUGUGCAAGCGAACUGUUUGUGAUAGUGUCUGACAAAAAGAUAAUGCGAAUGAAGAUAAUAAUUGCCCAAGCAAGAGAAAGCUAAACGAAAUCAACUGCACUACACUAAAGUAUACUCUCCUUGGCAAGUAACUCAACUAACUAACUAAACUACAUGUAACGUAAACUAAUUACAAAUAGGACUGUACAGCAACUUUCUUUGAUCAACAUGGCAAAUCUCACUCCCGCAUAACGUAAAGAAAUAACCCAAAAUAUGUGGAAAACCAACCAUGUGAAUGUAUCUAAAUCUAUAAAUGUAUCUAUAUGUAUGUGACUAUGUGUGUGCAUGUGUGUGUGUAAUUUCUUCGGUGUUCGGUUAGAAAAAGAGUAGUAGGAUCCCAAACCAAUAAACCCUUCCUGCAGGAGUUGCAAUCAUAAAUCAGACGAAAACCUAACUUGUGGCUCAGCAUUUGUAAGAUAUACAUUCACAUAUUAUAGCAUGCGUUCGUGGGGUGAAGCUGCGGAAGAAGUAAUAUAAAUCUUGGUAAAUGUACAUACUAGAUAGCCCCAGACAAAGAAACUCAAUUUUUGAUCCGACUACGGUUGAACUCACUCUAUGUCCCGAAAAGCCAAAUCAGGCUCCAGGUCUAACCACACAGGUGGCAGUAAUCAGUGCUUUUCUUCCUUGAGUUUGUCUUUAAUCGAUAGAAAAUAUCAAAAGAAAACAUUUCCUAACAAUCAUUUUUAAAAAACGUAUCACCCUGAUGCAGCAAACUUAUUCCGCUAGCUAUUUGCAUUCAGUUUACAACAAUUGUUUUCCGUAAUCAAUUCAAAUUCCAGAAUAAAAUGUAAUUUAUUGCUACCCAGGAAGUAAAUAAAUUUUGAAAAAACAGAACCCAAUGCUUGUGGAUUUCCCAAUAAAUAUCGAUCAGAGAAGGCUAGAAGGAAAAUGAAAUUUAACGAAAUACAAUUUGAGGGCAGUCGCAAAAAUUAGAGUAAAGACAGGGGGAAACACUCGUCAAAUGCAUACGUAAAUAUACACAUGUAAAUUGUACUCAGAGUGCACACACUCACUCGCAACACAUCACAGGCUCACACACCCGCUCACGCAUACACAUAGCCAUACACGUGUACAUGUAGACGUAUGUCAGUUUAUCCUUGUAACGAUUUAAAGCGUAUCCACAAGAUAUUAAUUGCCCGUAUGUGCUAAGACUUAGAAUUUAAGCAGACGACAGAACGGAGAGGAGAACAAAAACAAAACCAGAAGAACAGCAAACAAAAUAAUAUUUUUAAGGUAAACCAAAGACUUUUUUCUUUGCAUCUAAAUGAGCGCAGGAGUCUUCAAAGGACUCGCAACAACAAACAGUAGGCACACACAGGCGAACACAGAUACAAACACAGUCACACACACAACCGAAAGUAAUCUUGGCCGAGAAAAAAGAGCAAGAAAAACCAUAGCAUUAAGUUGAACUUAUGUAUUAUGUAUUGUAUAAUAUAAACCUACGUAUAGUAUAUAGUCUAUAGAUGUGUACACUUAUCAGCAGAGCGGCGUAGCUAACAAGCGAGGGAGGGAGGCAGAAAGUGGGAGAAAGCUGAAUGAAGGAGGGAGCGGGCGCAGGAGCCCGCAGACAAAGCGGGCAUUGAAUGCAUGAAAGCAACUGAAUGAACAACAAAGCAAAGGAAAUAUAUAUAACAUUAUAUAUAUCUAUAUAUAAACGAAAAACAUGAA